CCUGUUGCUAGGCGACGUUUGUUUGUGGUUAGCGCCCUUUCUGCUUAAAAAAGUUAUCUUUUGAGAGAAUGUCAAAUUAAGCACUUUCCGUGUUGUCGGUCUUCACUUGCAAUACAGGCUUUUAAUAACGGUGAAUUUUACAACAACGUCGCACUUCUAACAGCAUUGUACAGUUUUCAGCAUCAUGGAUCAGACACCAAAGGAAGUUCCUCAGCUUGAACUGGCGGCGGUUUCCGGCUUCAACGGUCAAGUGCAUUUUGGCAUGAGGCUUCAUCCGGACAAAGAGCACCUCAUCUAUCCUCUGGGAUGCACCGUUGUCCUGACACGGAUCAAAGACAACAUGAGGCACUUCCUGCAUGGUCACACCAGCGACAUAUCUUGCCUCUCCACGUCUAAAAGUGGAGUGUAUAUUGCCUCUGGACAAAUCAAUUACAAUGACUUUGAGGCCGAGAUAAUCGUCUGGGAGUACACGAAGCGAUGCAUAUACACACGGUUUGUGAUCCACGAAUCCAAAGUGGAGGCGUUGGCCUUUUCUCCCAAUGACAAGUAUCUGGUGUCCCUCGGGGGUCAAGACGAUGGAAGAAUACUCUUGUGGAGCAUUACAACCAAGCAGGCCAUUUGUUCGGCUCCGGCGCUCCCCUUGAGUUUAUGUCACCGCCUUACUGUCAAGUACUCCAACACCAAUGACAAUAUUUUCGUCUCUGCUGGCAGGGCAACCUUGCAGAUCUGGGAGCUGGAUGAAUUCAACAAGAUUAAACCUACAGACUGUAAACUGAGCAAGCUGAAGAGGACAGUGAGAUGCAUAGAGUUUGCACCGGACGAUGAGUAUAUUUUCUGUGGUACUACCAGUGGAGACAUCUUGAAAAUUCACACCAAGACAAAGUAUCUGAGCGACUACGGUCCCAUUAAAACUAAACACAGCUUGGGGGCCAAUGUCCUCAAGGCGUUAAGUACUGGCGAACUACUUGUUGGUUCUGGAUUUGGCACCUUGACACUGUGCUCCUCGACCACCUUCAAAGCUCUCAAACAUGUGCAGAUGAACAACGGGGUGACCUCUAUUGCUCUCAAAGAUGACGGCCGCCACUUUUUUGCUGGCACAGACGCGUCCGAGAUCUACUGCCUUGAUCUGCAGGACUUCAAAGCCGAGCUCGUCUCCACCAGUCACCAUGGCGCCGUCAAGGACGUCUCCAUCGCUUUCGGCUCCUCAGAGUUGUUUGUCACCGGCUCAGAGGAGGACAUCAGAGCGUGGCAUAUAGACAACUCCAAAGAGCUCCUGAGGAUCCCACAACCUUGCCUUACCUGUAACACUGUGCACCUGAUGAUUGACGGACACAGCAUUGUCACUGGAUGGAAUGACGGGAAGAUCCGCGUAUUCGCGCCGCAGAGCGGCCGUCUCAUGCUCAUCAUUCACAAUGCACACCGAAAUGGCGUGUCGGCCAUCAAGGGCUCCACGGACUGCAAGAAGAUCGUGAGCGGGGGGCAGGAGGGAACGGUGUGUGUUUGGGAGCUGCUGAAGCACGGCCACCGACGGCUUGCGUUCUUGACGGAGCACAAAUCCACCGUCAGGUGUGUCCAGAUCAAGAGCGAUGACAAGGAAGCUGUCACUGCCAGCAUGGACGGAACCUGCAUCCUCUGGGACAUUGUGAAAUUUGUGCGAAUUCGGAAGAUAAUAAGCAAAAACUCAUCCUUCAAGACUGUAUGCUACCACCCUGAAGAGCACCAGAUUCUCACUAGCGGCACCGACAGGAAGAUCGUCUACUGGGAUGUGCAUGACGGGACAGCAAUCAGAGAGCUUCAGGACGCGCAGACGUUGGCCAUCAACUGCAUGCACAUCUCCCAUGACGGCAGAUACUUUGUGACAGGUGGCGAUGAUAAGCUGGUGAGGGUGUGGGACUACAUGGACGGUAUGGUCACCCACGUCGGAAGAGCUCACGGCGGAGCCAUCACCAGCGUGGAGAUCUGCUGCAACAACAGCACCCUCAUCACCACCAGCGCAGACGGAGCUGUCAUGCGAUGGAAGUUUCCUCACCCCGUCGUGGAGUGAUGGAAUAUGUUGGGUUGGACAAAUAACAUUUGCUCCACUGCAGUGAGGCAUCUUUGUAUAUAUGGCUUGUUUUUCAACAAUUUGAUCAAUCACGUGAAAAGACACUUAAAAAAAAAGUCUAAGGCAAAGGAACCUAAAAUAUUACCUUCGAACAAUAAUUUGGUCUUGGAAAACAUCAGGGGCGUUCGACUUUAGAGGUUGCCCUGCUCAUUUUCCCUAAAAUGCAACCGAAUAAACUUCUUUAAAAGUUUUCUAAGCAGAUUUGGUACAUUCGCCCUUUAUUAUGUACUGCCUUUUGCGCAUUUUCCAACAAUAGCAGAGUAAGAGCAUUAUGGAAAUUACGGAAAUGUCGGCUCUGACUAUCUGUUCCAAUAAAUCAGCAUAUCUGGCCCACUAAAUUCAAUCUUGGGCGGCGGUGAGCUGUGAAAUUAAGGCUCGAAUGAUUAGAAUCAGAGUAGAACGAGGCAGAUGCUGGUUUUCCCGUCGACAAACCCAAAGUGCACAAAAGCUCCCAUUUAUGUAUUUGCUGGAGUUUUUCAGUGGCGGCAGCCUUAAUGUGAGUGAAGCUAUUUAUAGACUCCCUUGUCUACUGUGUUUUAGACAAGGUGUUUCACACUGACAAUAGCGCGGAAGGAGAUGGUGCAUCAAACUGACCAUCUGCAUUGAGACAGCAGCAUCUGUAACGCACAUCUGCUAGCCUAUUAAACAUUAAAACAUGCUUUUUUUUUUAAAAUAUGCCGUGGAUAUAAAAAAAUAUACACACCCCUGUUUUAAUGCCAUUUUUUGUGAUAAAAUUGUUGGGGGGACCAACAUACCAAUCCAAUGAAGUUGGUACUUUGUGUGAAAUGUAAAUAAAAACAAUACAAUGAUUACCAAA